AUGGAAUUACACCAAGGGGCCGCGAGCCAGGCACCGCAGAAUCCACUCAUGCCAGAUCGCAGCACAGCCGGCCAAAGGAUCAGAUCAGGUGAGUAUGUACACUACGGUGUCGGCUUCGUUACUCGGAAUUACACGAAGAAUACGUGGGGGACCACGUCAGGCAUAGUUGCCACUGCCAAGCGUACAAAUGAUGCCCACAAGCAUCUGAUCAGUCGGCCUGGGCCCCGAGUGGGUCUUUUACUGCGCGGUGGAGCCCUGCUCCUGUUGACCGGGCCAGAAGAAAUCGAGGAGAGAUCGGGCAACAGAAGAAAGGAGUGCCAAGCAGGCAGACAGUGCCACUUCACCUGUAAAGUACUGGAGUACGAUGUAUGGAUCAACUGUGUAGUGUCGUCGUUGUUAUGGAGGUGGCAUUCUUGGACAGCGUCGCUAGAGAGGUACGAGGUUACCUUCGCCAUGAGCCGCCUACUCAACGUCGAUGCCGACAUCUGGAGCCGACGUGCGGUGGAGACAACCAACAUUUCGGGCCUCGAGACCCGACCACCUGGGGCGCCCCCCACGCCACCCGUUCCUCUGGUGCUAAUUUCUGAUCAGCGCGUUGGUGCAUGGCGUGAGGGGUAUCACAAAAUCCACCGAAUGGCGAUCGACGAGUCGGCUUGGCAGAUUGCCGCCUAA